AUGUUUAAAGACUUUCCCAUAAUAUUCAAGAGUUGGAAGGAUAUUCUAGCGGAUACAAAAACAAAUUCUUAUGAAUCAAAGAUAAAGCCCCAAAAAUGCCAAAAUAAAGCAAAAUUGAAGGCUCCGCAUACACUUGGAUCUAAGUCGCUUGCAAGGAAGAAACAUGAGUUGGAAUCGAGAGAUAGACGAACAUACAGUAGAGGAGAAAUGUAUGCAAUUUCUCAUAAAAAGUCUGAUGGGUCUUUUGUCAAUGAAGAUGUAUAUAACAAUAAUGAAAAAUUACAAGCUGCAAUUAAAGAUUCUGUUUAUGAAAAUGAGGCAUUUCAGAAAGUAUUUGGAAAAGAACAACAUGGAUAUGUUCGUAGUGUGGGACUAGGAGCUACACCAUCUCAGAUUAAUAGAUCUACGAGAUUGGCAUCUUCUUCUGCAGAAAAUGAAAAAAAAAGGAAAUGCAAGAAGAAAUUAAUGCACUUAAAGAAAAUAAUUCAAAAAUUGACGAAUUGA